AUGGCGCCAUUCCAACCCUCCAAUAUUCUCAUCCUGGGGGGUACUGGGAACAUUGGGUACUACAUCGCGGAUGCCAUCAUUAAGGCGCAGCCCCCAUUUGAACAAAUCACAGUCUUCAUUCGAAAAGACUCGUCGAGCAAGAAGCAAGCCUUUGUCAAGGCCUUUGAGGCAAGGGGCGUCAAGGUCAUCAUUGGUGACCCUGGAGACAAAAGUCGGAUAUUCAAGCCCUUUACGAGGGGCAUCGACACGUGGUUCGUUCCGUCCGAGUACGGCACCGACAUUGAAUACGGCCCGUCGAGUGCCGCCGAGAAGCCCCACCAGCUGAAGCUCAAGGUGCGCAAGGCGCUCCGCGAAAACACCAAGCGCCUCGAACACACCUUUGUCGUGACGGGCCCGUACAGUGACAUGUACUUCAGCCUAUCGGACAAGUUCCCCGAAGUUGGCGGUUUCGAUGCCGAGAGCAAGAGAGCUGUCCUAAUCGAGGAUGGUGAGGGCAAAAUUGGUUUCACGACGAUGCCUGAUGUCGGAAAGGCUGUGGUAGCUGUCCUACGGCAGCCCAAGGCGUCGUUUGGCAAGGCGAUCAAGGUGCAGUCCUUCGUGGUGACACCGAAACAGAUCCUCGCCGAGUUUGAGAAGCAGACGGGCGGGGAGAAGUGGAACAUAUCCUACACGUCGCUGCAGAGCCUGAAGGAGGCAGAACAAAAGGCUUGGAGCCAGACGCCGGGCACCGCGACGCUGUACACGCUGGGUCGUAUCUGGGCCGAGGGUGGCACUCUGUAUGAAAAGACAGAUAAUGAGAGCAUUGGGUUGAAGGAGGCAGAGCUCGAGACGCUCGAGGCGUCCGUCAAGCGGGAGCUGGCGACAGGCUGGACUCCAAAAGUAGUGGAUGGGAAAGCGACUCUCCCGGUGUGA